AUGGGGUCACACACACUGAGGGAUCGUGAAAUAGAUGACCUAUUGCACCAAUAUGAUAGUGAAGACGGAUUAGAAGACGAUGAUGACAGCGUCAUUGAUCCAGAUUUUCAGCCGUUAUUAGAAGAUUUAGAAAUAUUUUCUGAUUGUGAAGAAGAUACUGCAGUUGAUAUAGAUUCAAUUAUCAAAGAAUCUGAACGCAGUGAGCCUGUUGCUGGCGCCUCGUCUUCAGAUCCUGGACAGCAAGAGAGCCAUUCAAAUAAAGCUACCACUAAUAAAAAAGGAAAAAAGCGACAAUUACAAUGGAAAAAGAAAAACCUAGUUCUAAACGACCAGCAGUUGCGAUUUACAGGAAAUACUACUUUACCACCUAAUUUACUUGAGCUUGAUACACCAAUUCAAUUCUUUUUAUAUUUUUUUCCCAAAGAAUUGAUAACUUUUAUUACAGCACAAACAAAUCUCUACAUAAUACAAAAAAAUCCUAACCAAUCCUUUCAAAUUACCGAUACCGAUAUCCAGCAAUUUAUUGGAGCAACUUAUCUGAUGUCAUUGAUAAAAUUGCCAAGAGUAACCAGUCAUUGGAACACAACUAUUGGUACACCCAUGAUUCAAGAAAUAAUGCCGAAGCAAAAAUUUGAAAAAAUUAGACAGUAUAUCCAUUUCAAUGACAAUUCUAAUUUACCCCCACGUAAUUCAGCUAAUGGUGACAGGCUUUUCAAAAUUAGACCUAUCGUAGAAACUUUGAAUAGGACUUUUAGUACAGUUCCAUUGGAGACAUACCUUUGUGUGGACGAACAGAUUUGCUCCACUAAGGCAAGAUGUAAUUUGAAAAGAUACAAUCCCAAAAAACCACACAAAUGGGGUUAUAAGAUUUUUGUACUAAGUGGGGUCUCAGGUUUUGCCUAUAAAAUUGAACCUGAAACAGGAGCUGAAAAUGUUGUGCUUCCUGAUGAACCAGAUUUAGGAGCAUCUUCAAACGUAGUCGUCAGAAUGGCGCGGGGCAUACCAAGGCAUCAGAAUUAUCAACUUUAUUUUGAUAAUUACUUUACUUCCUUGGCAUUACUGGAGUACUUAGCUAAAGAGGAAGACGUCAUCGCCUCCAUGUUAGCGCGUCUCCGCGGCUCCCCCAACGGAAUGCUGAGUGUGUUUGUUGAAAGGUGGAACACGCCAAUAUUCUAUAAAUGGGUAGAAAACCUUGCAAAGCAAUUGAAAGAAAGUGGAGAGAAUGUGAGGGAAACAGCAGUUAUGACCAAAAUACUUGGUACUCUACCUGCAAAGUAUAGAACCCUCCGUCAAGCUUGGUUGUCGUUAGACCCUUCAAUACAAAAUAAUAUAUUAUGA